AUGAACCCAACAGUGCUCUCGCCAGCUUCGCCAGCAGAGCUGCUACACUACAUUGUCACCUUUGAGACCUACCCGACGACACUCCUUAUUGGUUAUCGACGAGAAGACUUCAUCUCGUCCCUCGUCUCCGACGUUCGCCAGCAAGUUUCCCAACAGACACAAGAGCAGCCUGAAGACCUGCCUACGCAACCCCUCCUUUCGGCAACACUUCUCCAGACCGCAAUUGCCCGUCACAUCCGCGUCCUCUUUAUCCCAAGCGUGACACAUCUACGCGCCUUUCUAUCCGCCAUGGACUCUUCAGAUUCCUUGACAUCACCUCCUCCGAAUCUUCCACCACCAGGCUCGAAGCGCCGGCCGCCCUUGCUCCUCGUAUAUGGGUUUCUCGACCUCCAUCGCGAUACCAGCGAGUGGAGCGCGCAAGGCCUUAGCAGCUCGGCCGCCGUGCUCGUUGAGGCUGCCCGGCACGCCGAUGUGAAGUUUGAACCCGUCAUCGUCGAGCCCAAAGGCGCAGGAGGGCAUGAGGACUUCAAUGCACUGCUGCGGGAUGAUGCCCCGGUGUUGAGUGGGAGCUCCAGGCGGAGCGACGGUGUCUGGAUAGGGAGAACUGUCGAGGUGAGACGAGUCUUGGGCCGGUGGUUUCGUUUUCAGACUGGUCGGUGGGAUAUCUAG